AAGAGCCGUUGGGCGCGUCUUAUAGUUUUCGGGCGGAGCUAAGGCGUGCUCCUCACGGAUUGAUUGGUUAUUUUUUUCCGAGGGAGGGCGGGACAAACUCGUGGCGCUGCCGAAGGAUUGGCCGUUCGGAGGAGCAAGGCCGUUGCCAGGGAGAGAGAGGAGAGCAAGCGGUUGCUAGGGACGCCGCGGCCUGGAGCCGAGGGGGAAGGAUGGCGGGCAUUGAGGGCGAUGACGCCAGCGCCGCUUUGGAUCACAUCGUGACGCAGUUCAACACCUACGAGGACUACCUGGACUCGCAGAUCACCACGCAGGAUCUGUUUUACUUGGAGAAUGAAGAUAUGGCCCGCCAGCUGGUGGAACUUGGUUUUCGGGGCAGCGGAGAAGUUCUGAAGAGGGAAGACUUUAUAGCAAGAAAAGCAGCAGCAGAGGCUUCCAGGCUGUCAGAAAGACAUCAGCAAAAGACUCUCUCAAGCGCAGGAAAAGAACUGAAAGACAAUUUUUUAAAGGCUUUAGCAGAGCGGGAGGAAGCCAAUCGUAGUGGGAAAAUGUCUUCCAUAAUCUUCAUUCGGGACCGAAAUGCCCGCGGUCAGGAGGUAUCUGCUUAUAUUGACUAUGCACAUCGGUUGAAGGUGGAGGAAUUUGAGAUCUAUUUCAAUGGAAAGAAGAAGCUUUUCCCCAGGCGCACUGAUCUGAGUUUCUACAACUGGGAUAAGAACAUCUGCUGCCUGAAUUCAAGUCCAAACUACCAAGUGAUUGCAGAAAACGUAUGUGGCUUACUCUUCAAGAACAAGUCUGACAGGAAGAUCAUUAAUGUGGACCCCAAGGUUUAUCCAGGGGACAACACAACACGGACUCCAAUCAAAACAGACCUCUAUCUGCAAGUGGUUAUCUAUGACCAUGUCCUCAGAAGAAAGCUCUGAUGACCAAGUCUCAUGAGCAGGAAAUAUUGGGGAUGACGUCUUUGAUGUGUGUGGCACAAAGGGACUGAAGGAGUCAUUUUCAAUGCAAUAGACACCUCUUAGACCACUACAUCAAGAUCUAUGAUGCCUGAUGCCUACCUUCUUGUGGCUAUUUAUUAAAAAGAGUUUUGCUUCUCAUUCUGCAUGGGCAAGAGAGUGUUUUAAAUUAUUUCACAGCUCUAAAAUGCAUUGUAACUGUAUGCAUUACAAUAUACAUUGUAAUGUUAUUUUAUAUUACAAUUUUAUAUUACAGUUUAUAUUACUAUAUUAACUUUUCUUUACUUUGUGCCCUACAAAUAUGAUGGACUGCAUUUGUCCUGUCGUGCACCUAGAAGUCUUCAAAUUCAGGGAGGCUUCUUUGCACCGUGUGUUGUUCUUGUUGUUGUUUAGUUGUUAAGUCGUGUCCGACUCUUCGUGACCC